UUUCCUUUUCUCUAUCCCAAUACUUAGCAGCACACAUUGUGCUGCAGAUGGAUAGCAGUAGCAGAAGGGUGCAGUGGGAGCUCCUUCUUUAAACUCUCUUUUCUUGGUUGUGGCCUUGUAGGUAUAGAGAGAGAGAGAGAGAGAGAGAGAGAGAGAGAGAGAGAGUAUCUUAGCAGCUAUUCUAUGUAUAUAGAUAUAUAUUAUAUAUAUAAAAGGGGGACUACCACCCACUUUUCCCCACUGAGAACUCCACACAGCAACACAUGUAGCAGUGUCAUUUCCUUUUCUUAAUUCUUUUCCCACCUCUGACCUCUCCCACACACCCCCAGUCCCCCCCCCCCAACACAACCUUUUCUUUCCAUAAUUUAGCAUCCAUACAUCUCCCCCACUAUACAUACUUACACUAUCCACCUCUCAAUUCACCACUUCUCUCUCUCUCUCUCUCUCUAUCUCUCUCUCUCUCCAUCUCUAUCUCUAUCUCCUCUUCUUUUAUUCUCUUUCUCUCUCUCUCUUUCUCUCUCUCUCUCUCUCUCUCUCUCUCUUAUCAAAAGAGCCAAGACCAAUGAAGCCAUUUGAGCCCACAUAGCACACAAUGGUGUAAGGGGUGGAAAUUAGUGGACUUGGAGAUGAUCCAUAGUUGCUGAAUACAUCAGAUCUUUCCCUGCAAUUAACACAAGUUCCAAUUGAGGACAAUAUGGAGAAAUCCAACCAAGAAUGGUUUGAAUUAGAAGCCUCUGAGAGCAGCAGCCAAGUAGCUUCCAACAUCUCCAACCAGGCAUCAUCACCAGCCUCUGUCUCGAAGGAAGAUCGACCGACGAGCGCCGCCCUCCGACCGUCAGACCUCGACCUCUCGCUGACCAUCAAUGCAUGUUCAUCUCCAGAAGCCAACAACAAUGCUCGUCGCAACUCCUUGACCAGCAGUAGUGAGAGCACAAGUGAUCAGAACCCAAGCCAUGAACACAAUAUUCCCCCCAACCCUUCAAGAGUGUUCUCAUGCAACUACUGCCAAAGGAAGUUCUACAGCUCCCAAGCUCUAGGAGGCCACCAAAAUGCGCAUAAAAGAGAGCGAAGCCUCGCGAAAAGGGCCCUGAAACUGAACACAUUCCUACCAUUCUCUUACUCCAGCAUGUCCUCACUACCCCUACAUGGAUCAAACCUCCACUCUUUGGGGAUCAAGGCUCACUCCUCAUUGCACCAAGGGGUGUUAGAGAGGCAAGAGGGCCACGGCGGGCCGCGGUUCGUCCGCGGUUUGCUCGGGCCGAUGCCGUUCUUCGCGGAGGACGACGACUUGGGCUUCUACUGGCCCGGGAGUUUCAGGCAAAUGAUAAGCGAUCCGAACUUGAAUUCGAAUUCGAAUGACGGCGCGGUGAACGCCUUGUCGUCGGCCGAGGAGCUCGAUCUCACUCUUAGGCUUUGAGCUGGUUGAUCUUUGAUUGGUUUUCUUUUUAUUCCUUUUGCAUUAAGUGAUUCUCUUUUUCCACAUAGUGAGGUAUGUGAAACUUAUAUAUUUGGUGGUUGCGAAGUGUUGAUUCUUGUUGCAUAUCUCUAGAACAACAUCAAUUAUGCUUGGUAUUGUGAUAUGGAUGCUUCUUAUAAACUAGAACCAUCUCCAAUUGUUGUGUGUUGUAUGUAAUUUAUGGAGCUAAAUUGUUCCCUUGAGAGUU